AUGUCUCUAAAAUCAGACUCAUUUCCUUCCUCCGCCGCCUUUGACGCCAUCAACAGCUCCCUGCAAUCCGACGACGCCGAGCGGAAAGACGCCGUGAAAAAGGGCAACGCCGUCUUCGCAUUCACACUCAAGAACAAAGAGGGGCAAACGGACAGUUGGUACAUCGAUCUGAAGGAGAAGGGGGAAGUGGCCAAGGGGGAGGCACCGAGCGGGAAGAAAGCUGAUGUGACUUUAUCGUUAUCGGACGACGAUUUCGCCAAACUGGUCAGUGGGAAGACGCAGGCUCAACGGCUAUUCAUGUCGGGGAAGCUGAAGAUCAAGGGGGAUGUCAUGAAGGCUACGAAGAUGGAACCCGUGCUUAAGAAGGCGCAAACGAAGGCGAAGCUGUGA